AUGUCUUUUGUGCUUCAAGGAUCCUCGGCAUGUUUUGCUUGGUGGAAGGUGCGGAGGAAAGCGAAGCAAGUCUCAAUGCCCGUCCUUGAAUUUGUAAAAACAAGCGCCGAUCCGAGUUUGAGCGUUGUAUGCCUGGAAGAUUCAGCUUCCGUCCUGGGAACAUUCAUCGCUGCUUCGUCGAUCUUUUUGAGUUGCCUCUGGAAAACAAGCGUUCCGGAUUCUGUUGGCUCAAUUUUGAUCGGUACCCUGUUGGGCAGUGUUGCAGCAUUCAUUAUUCGGCAUAAUGCAAUGCAUCUGGCUGGAAAAUCUGUCCCACAAUCGGUGAUCAACGAUAUUGUGUCACGACUGAGGCACGAUAGUAUCAUAAAGUCAGUACACGACGUGAAAGCUGUGGGUCAUGGUGUUGAUCAGGUCCGUUUCAAGGCAGAAGUUGAGUAUGACGGACGCGCAAUCACCAAUUUGUACCUUUCCGAAUCUUGUCACAUUCCUUCUCUCAUCGAGGUAAUUUUUUCGUUUUGUUGCUCUGUUUGGUUUUUCUAA